GGAUGAUUUCCUCGGGCACUAGCCGUUACGGCUACAAAGCCCUCGUCCCUCCCUCCCGUAUAAUCUCCCCCUCGGAUUCGACCAAAAACCCACCUGAAAGAAACCUCCCCACCGCCUAAGCAAAAUCCUUCCCUCCUCUCGGCUCCCGAUCUCGUCGUCCUCCGUCGCCGCCAGCGAAUCCACCGAGCGAUCCGGGGGACGACGCCGUCUCGCGACUAGAGCUUUCCGGGAUCCCCCGUGCCUUCUCUUCUUCCCUUUUCGUGUCUCUUUGAUUGAAUUGCCUGCUGCACCAUUCAAAAAAAAAAAAAAUUGUCUGCUGCGUGUGCCGAUCUUGAAAAAAAAAUCUGAUUGAUUUCCGAGUUCAAUCGUUAGCCUCGCUUUGGUUUCUUGUUCUUUGGUACUAGAUAGAAUCGUUGCGGUAGGGUACCCUUGCGUGAAUCCUGUUUCUUGCUCGUGGUGGUGGUAGUAGAUCCCUUCUACUAGUUGCGGUGUGCUUCGUUUCCUUGUUCGUGUUGCUUCUAGUUCUAACACAUGGACGCAGGAUCCAAUUCCAUCUCGUCGCAGAAGAGCGGCAGUCGGCGCGCGGCGGCCCAGCGGCCGCCGUUCCAGGAGGCCGGGUCCAGGCCGUACAUGCCGCCGCUCAGCACGGGGUCCCGCAACCCGUCGGCCAAGUGCUACGGCGACAGGUUCAUCCCGGAGCGGUCGGCGAUGGACAUGGACUUGGCGCACUACCUGCUGACGGAGCCGAGGAAGGGCAAGGAGAACCCGGCGGCGGUGGCGUCCCCGGCCAAGGAGGCGUACCGGAAGCUGCUGGCCGAAAAGCUGCUCAACAACCGCACCAGGAUCCUCGCCUUCCGGAACAAGCCGCCGGAACCUGAGAACAUGCUCACGGAUCUUCGUUCUGAUGCAGUCCAAGCCAAGCCGGCGAAGCAGCGCCGACACAUUCCCCAGUCUUCAGAAAGGACUCUGGAUGCUCCGGAGCUCGCUGACGAUUACUACCUCAACCUGCUAGACUGGGGAAGCAGCAAUGUGCUGUCCAUUGCGCUGGGCAGCACGGUGUACCUCUGGGAUGCCUCCAGUGGAUCUACGUCUGAGCUUGUUACCGUCGAUGAUGACUAUGGUCCCGUCACAAGCGUUAGCUGGGCUCCUGAUGGCCGGCACAUUGCUGUAGGCCUAAACUCCUCUGAUGUCCAGCUUUGGGACACCACCUCGAACCGACUGCUGAGGACACUACGAGGUGUGCAUGAAUUGAGAGUCGGUUCUCUGGCAUGGAACAACAGCAUCCUGACAACUGGUGGCAUGGAUGGCAAGAUCGUGAACAAUGAUGUGAGGAUCAGGAACAAUGUUGUGCAGACAUAUCAUGGGCAUGAGCAGGAGGUGUGUGGGCUCAAAUGGUCAGGAUCAGGGCAGCAACUGGCCAGUGGUGGAAAUGACAACCUUCUACACAUCUGGGAUGUGUCCAUGUCAUCCUCUGUACAGUCUGCUGGGCGUACGCAAUGGUUGCACAGGCUUCAGGAUCACUUGGCUGCCGUGAAGGCACUGGCAUGGUGCCCAUUCCAGAGCAACCUGCUGGCUUCUGGCGGUGGUGGGGGUGAUCGCUGCAUCAAGUUCUGGAACACCCACACUGGUGCAUGCCUCAACUCAGUUGACACUGGAUCGCAAGUGUGCGCGCUGCUCUGGAACAAGAAGGAGAAGGAGCUGCUGAGCUCACACGGGUUCACUCAGAAUCAGCUCACCUUGUGGAAGUACCCGUCGAUGGUUAAGAUGGCUGAACUCAAUGGCCAUACCUCCCGCGUCCUGUUCAUGGCUCAGAGUCCUGAUGGAUGCACUGUGGCAUCUGCUGCAGCAGAUGAGACAUUGCGGUUCUGGACUGUGUUUGGAACUCCUGAAGCGGCGCCUAAGGCUGCAGCCAAGGCUUCCCACACUGGGAUCUUCAACAGUUUCAACCAUAUCCGAUGAAGAAAUGACAUCAUUGUUCUAAAGAGACCUUCCAGAGCCUCCAGACCUGCUUGUUGAUAGGAAUGUGCCCUUUAACGGCACCACCAAAACACCAUCGAGCUGAUGUUCCACAGAAGAGAUCAUCAUACAGUAGUGUUGACUAUUUUGGGUUUCUAGCAUUGUAAUCACAUUUACAUUAUAUUUCUCCUUGGUAUGCUGGUAACACUGGUUGCUGGUCCAUAAUACUGUACGUUGCUGAUCCAUAAUAUUGUACAUAAAGUUUUGAUAUAAAAAGCUUAUAUAAUA